AUGGCUACAAUCACCGCAACUGCGUCCGCAGCAACAGCAACAACAACAGCCACGACAACAACAGCAACCACAGCAACCACGGCUAACCCAUCGACAACGGACUGGCAACUAGCUCAUCAGCAUGCUCAGCAGCGGAUCACUCGUUUGCAGGAACAGAGGGCUAGGGAAGCUUCGGGACGGAAUCGGGCUGCCAGUUUUUUCGGCGUGAGGAAUGGCACGGGGGGGAGGCCGGCGUUUAGGGUCGGGCAGCUGGACACUGAAUUGCUUGAUGAGGAAUUGUUGGAAUUGAUGAAGGGGCAGCUGUGGAAUGGGCUCAAGUAUUUUAGGGUAUGCUUUCUUUCUCUCUUUAAUGCUUGUUAUUUGUUUUUGCUUUUGUGCCACGCUUAUGGUCGGAAUGUCUCGUUUGCUAUUGUGUGGUAAUCCUACUUGCUGAUGACUGGAGUUGUGGGAAUAGCCGUCUCUUAAGGAAUCCUACGAGCCGGAGUUCUUACUUUUGCUUCGCGCGGCCUUGUUCAAGCUUACUAUCUGGGACCAUAACGCGACAUAUGGUGCCGCCUUGCAAAACCUAGUAUACGUCGAUGCCCGAUCGAAGGGGCCGAUAGACCAGCCUCCAACAGCUCUUCAAAGAUCCCUGUACGGUCUCGUUACCGUCGGUGGUAGAUACAUGUUCUCUAGGAUGAACCUAUUCCUCCUCUCUAGAUCGAAUCCGGAGGACGUACGUUCCCCCCUCAAGCUAAUAGAGAACGUGAUUUUUUUUUCCCCGAAUUCUAACAAAAAACGUACGCAGUCAACCCCCUUCACAGAACGCCUCUCCAGCCUUGUCGAAUCCCUCUCAACCCUCCAUUCAGGCCUGACCCUCCUCUCCUUCACUGCGUUCCUAGUAACAGGCCACUACCGCACCCUCCUCGAUCGAGCGCUGCGCAUGCGCCUAGUCUCCCCAACUAGACUGGUCUCGCGCGAGGUCUCCUUCGAAUACCUCAACCGCCAACUCGUCUGGCACGCCUUCACCGAAUUCCUCCUCUUCAUCCUCCCGCUGAUUCGAGUCAGCCGCUGGCGCCGCUGGUGGGCCCGCCUCAACCGGAAAAUCCGCGGCAGCUCUGCCGCCACCACCAUUCCCACCGGCGAGGGCUACGGGGAAUUAAGCUUCCUCCCAGAGCGCACCUGUGCCAUAUGUCACAAGGAGACGGAUGGUGUGGCCGAAGUCAUGGGCGCUGCAUCCACAGCCCCGGGCGGGAAAGCCACCGAUGUGGUGAACCCGUAUGAGGCGGUGGGCUGUGGACAUAUUUACUGCUACGUAUGUCUAGCCGGGAAGAUCGAAUUGGAGGAGGGAGACGGGUGGACAUGUCUUCGCUGCGGGAGCCUGGUUAAGAGGUGCAGGCCCUGGCGGGGCGGUCUUAAAGGGCUCACCACGGUCGGCGAUUGGGGCGAAGAGGUCGUCGACCGGCGAAGGGUUGGUUUCGACGAAGACGGUGCUGGUGAUGAGCUGGAGAUCGACACGGAGGAUUUGGAGACUACCACGUCGGAUGAUGAAGGAACCGAACGCGCGGACGAAGAAGUCACUAGCGAUAUUGGCAGCGAGGAUACGGAAAGGCCGAACCGUGGACGGCCUGGCUUCAGAGAGAAGCAUAUUGCUGGCUUAUGGGCUGAGGAGACCCUCGAUGAGAGUGUUUAUAAUACUGCGGAGGGGGAGGAUGAGUGA